UGUAUGCUGGAAUGUGUUUUCUGCUACAUAUUGGCUCUCCUGACUAUUUGUGUACAAUUAGGCUUAAACCCAUGUUGCAAAGGCUGGAUUCAAGUGUCUGCAAUGGUUGGUGAAGAGUAAUUGAGAUUAUGCUGAGGGAGACUUUAAUUCUGCAUUUGGAGUUUAGGAAUCAGCAGCAGGUGCUGUGGAAAUUAAUGCUGUCAGUUUUUCUUGCACCUUAUUUCUUCUUUGGAGAGCAAAGGAAUAAUGUCCAUUUGGACACAAAGGACACUUGCUCUCUCAUUUUGUAGUUUUUGAAAAGCUACAAUAUUAGGAAGAAUCCACACCCUGCAUUUUUAUUAAAUGACACUUCUGCAACUUUUGGAAAACUCCAUAUCCAGUUACUUAUUUCAUCUUUUGACAAAGCAAUAAGAAAUGAAUCAGAAUUUAAGUAGAUUAAAUGGAGUUGAAAUGGAAUGAAAUGUAUGGUUCGGUCUUCAAAUACUAAGUUGUAGUAGGAUAUUCUGUACUCUCAGUAAAUAAAUUUUUCAUGCUGCACUAAAGAAUAACAUAGUAAAUGUUGUAGGAUUACAGAGCAAUUGCCUUUCUUUCCCUAGAAUUUAAUUGGAUUUUACUUCUUUCUGAUAACAUCUGAUCAGAUAGGGUGUAACAGAAGUUUGGCCAAAAUCAUAAUGUCAAGCUCAUUAAUUACAUGGUGGACAAUUAAUUACAUGGUGGACAAUUAAUUACAUGGUGAUCUGAAGGAGGAAGUGUCAGCUUGCUUUCCAAAUUAGAGGUUAAGUCUUCUAGAAGAAACUUGGCAAGAUCCACAAGACAUUGUAUUCCUAAAGACAUUGCAGAGCAUUCUUCUGCUGGAGCUUUGGGGCUCCAAACUCUUGCAGGCACUGGAGAGAGAGAGGAUUUGGGAACUGCUUCUUCACAGACGCCCUUUCCAGCACAAGUCCCAGCUCCAAGCCCUCCCUAAUCCUGCUGCAUGCCAUCUUUGCCCUUUGUGCCAUAGAUUGCUGUUCCCCAUUUGAAAUAAACACUUGAGUCAAGCUCCAAAUGUGCAUACAGAGCACUACAUAAAGAAAUGUAACCAUAUGCUGAAGCAGUCCAUGCAGUGCAGGUCUUGCCUGCUGUGUGAAGGCAGUGUGUACCACAAAAGGCAGUGUGGGUUGAUUAUGAGAUAAUAUUUUCUUCCUGCCUCCACUCUUUCCCUCCAUGUAGUUUAAUUUCUAUUUGAAGAGUUUAAAAAGCUUGCAGUCUCUUGUUGGAACCACCCCCUUCCUCUGCCCUCUUGGGGUUCACCAGCAAUAUUUAUCUAGUUCUAAUGCACACUGGCUUGCCUGUAAGAUCCACAGUGGUUAACUCUCUGUUUAAAAUAGUGUUUCUUUCUGUGGAGGAGAAGACAACUGGCAUGCUGGGCUGGGAGUUAUUUGGACUUUGAUUCCAUAAAGUGAUGACUGGAUUAUAGAGGGGUGCAGUUACUGCAUGCACGAGUAUGCCAGAGGGAAAAUUGCCUGUCUGACACUGGGAAUGUGGUGCUCCGAUGUCCACGGAGCCGGGUAUGCCGCUGCCGUCCCACGCCGCUGCCGUCCCACGCCGCUGCCCGCCGCCGUGCCCUGGCCCCGCCGGGCCCCUGGAUGGGCCGCGGGAGCUGAUCCGUCCAGGAGGCUCGGGGGAACGGCGGGGAGGAUGAGCUACGCGGGAAGCCCGGCGAGAGCCUACGAUUUCUUGCUGAAAUUCCUGCUGGUGGGAGACAGCGACGUGGGCAAGGGAGAGAUCCUGGCCAGCCUGCAGGACGGAGCCACCGAGUCGCCCUACGGGUACAACCUGGGUAUAGAUUAUAAGACUACAAUGAUACUUCUAGAUGGCCGACGAAUCAAGCUGCAGCUCUGGGAUACAUCAGGGCAAGGGAGAUUCUGCACCAUAUUUCGGUCUUACUCACGAGGUGCUCAGGGAGUUAUACUAGUGUAUGAUAUUACAAAUCGUUGGUCAUUUGGUGGAAUCGAUCGAUGGAUAAAAGAAAUAGAUGAGCAUGCUCCUGGUGUACCAAAAAUCCUGGUUGGAAAUCGCCUUCACUUAGCCUUCAAGCGCCAGGUGUCCACUGAACAAGCACAGGCCUAUGCUGAGAGGCUGGGCAUGACUUUUUUUGAAGUCAGUCCACUUUGUAAUUUCAAUAUUACAGAGUCCUUUACUGAGCUAGCAAGAACAGUGUUGAUGAGACAUGGAAUGGACAGGCUCUGGAGGCCAAACAAGGUACUGAGCCUGCAAGACCUUUGUUGCCGUGCCGUAGUUUCCUGUACCCCUGUGCAUCUUGUUGACAAGCUCCCUCUCCCUGUUGCCUUAAGAAGCCAUCUCAAAUCUUUCUCCAUGGCAAAUGGCCUUAAUGCCAGGAUGAUGCAUGGACGCUCAUACUCCCUCACAUCCAGCAACAUCAAUAAGAGGAACAGCUUAAAGAAAGCCAAAAUCAUCCGUCCACCACAGAGCCCACCAAAAAACUGUACAAGGAACAGCUGUAAAAUCUCUUAAUCUCCCUGUGGAAAAAGGGAACCUGGAUGGAGUCUCCUUGUGUGAAGCAUUGAACACAAGACACAAAGACUCCUUGCUUAAUGGCUGAGCACAUUCUAUGUACGUAUCUCACUACAUAGACAAAAAAAUGAGAAGAAUAAGUCUUAUUUUAGAGCUUGCUCACUGCAGUAAUGCUGCUUUGGAAUAAGUGACAUGUUCAGUGCACCUGAAAGGAUGUGACAUUUUGCUGUUGGAUUUUCAUACUGCGUUUUGAGUUUCUGAUGUGCAUGAUGCCAUUGUUUUUACUAGUAGAUGCGUUUUCGUAGAGGGGAUAAUUAUCAUCAUCAUUCAGUUCUUAAUUCCAUGAGAUCUGGAAAGUGACUGUGUAAUUGUAUAAAACCCUGUCUUUGCAAACUGUUCAGAAAUGUAAGGAUGAGUCACCUGCAUACCUAGGCAGAGGUUUUUAAAGGCAAUGUAUUGCAUACAUUGUUCAGUUCUUCACAUGGUGUGACAAAUUCCAGUAGUGCUGCAGUGGUGCAUUUGGAUUUUUUGUAUAGCUUCCUUGAUAACUUUGAAGCACUAACUUAACUAAGGUAAAAGUGUACAUAUAAUUAUUAUGCACAUACACGACCAGGUUUUGUCCCAUUAGUGUAUGUAAUAGAUUUGAUAAAGUUUUUGGUAUGUUAUUUAAUAUUUUGGGGAAUUAAUUUGUGGUUUAUUUUUCUGUAAAAAAAAAGAAUUAAAAUUUACAUUUUAUACCACUCUCCAAGAAGGUUCUAGGAGGAAAAUGCCAAAGACUGUGGUAAAAAGGAACAUGACUUGAGGAGCUGCUUUAUAAGGAAAGAAUAAUAUUUAAAAAGUAAAUAAAUGGUUCUGGAAAAGAAA